AUUCGUCAAGGUGACGUCAUGAUUAACCACGUGGUACCGUGUCUUCCGUGUUGUUUCGAAAUGCCUCAACUGCGUUAACGACUCGUGAUAAUGUGAAUACUGUCAAUAGAGAAUAAUUAUCCGGUUCCAACAGAAACAUAUUGGAGUUACUAAUAAGGAUAAUAUCGCAGAGAAAAAGCAGAAUUUCCACAUCUCUAUCUUUUUCCGGAGACUUUGGGACAGGUGUCAGGUAACACGAGCUGGUAUACAGAUGCGGCUAAAAGAUCCCUUCUCCUUAAAAACGGCCGAGAUGACGAAGCGGUCCAACAAGCCGAGGAAACUUCGUGAAGAGGAAUCGUCAGACGAGAUUAGCGGACUGACGUGUCAGCAUGUGAGUAAAGCAGUGGAGUUGAACUCUGUGAAGAAAGCGGUGACAGGAAGUCUGUGGUCCGUUUGCUGUGACUGCAUGAGGGAGAGAGAUGUGUUUGAGUCGGAGCAGGCUGGAGCUCAUGACAUCCUGGUGUGUCUCAAAUGUGGCUUCCAGGGAUGUAGUCAGUCGGAGAGGCAGCACUCAGUGAAACACCAGCAGGCUCAUGUCUCAGACUCUCACUGCAUCAGCAUCAGUCUCAGCACCUGGAAGGCCUGGUGUUUUGAGUGUAAUGAGGAACUCUCCACACACUGCAAUAAAAAAGCUUUGGCUCAAACACUCGACUUCCUGCAGAAACACUCAGCCAAAUCAGCCUCAGGAUCAACAUCAAAAAUCAUCAAACUGAUCGAGGAGCCUGUGGAAUAUUCCGAGCCAGCAAGAGGGAAGAGUCCAGUGAACAGCACUUUAAUUCCUGUUAAAGGAAUCAUAAAUCUUGGAAACACAUGCUUCUUCAACGCUGUUAUGCAGAAUCUGUCUCAGACACACAUGCUAAACGACCUCAUACAGGAAGUGAAGGAGAAAGGACACAAGAUGAAGAUCUGCCUCCCUCCAGAGACCAAUUUGGGCCCAUUAACCGUGACUCUGGCAGGUCCGGAGCCGCUCACAUCUGCCAUGAUGUUGUUCCUUUACAGUAUGAAGGAGACGGGAAAAGGACCUGUAUCUCCCAAAAUCCUCUUUACUCAGCUCUGUCAAAAGGCGCCUCGUUUUAAAGGUUAUCAGCAGCAGGACAGUCAGGAGCUCCUGCACUACCUGUUGGACUCAGUCAGGAUGGAGGAGAACAAGGACCAACGCAUGCAUAGUUUUGCUGUCACCUGCAGGAUCUCAGAUAAACUUAUCUGCCUAAAACGAAUUAAAGCUGCCAUCCUGAAAGCAUUCAAUAAUCCUACUGAGAAAACGGCUGACGAGGAAACCAAACGGCAAGUCAAAGCAUAUGGUAAAGAGGGUGUGAAGAUGAACUUUGUUGAUCGUAUCUUUGUUGGCGAGUUGACGAACACCAUUAUGUGUGAAGAGUGUGAACAUAUUUCUACAGUGAAGGAGGCUUUUAUCGACAUCUCUCUGCCCAUCAUCGAGGAGAGAAUCUCCAAACCCUCGAACCCAGGCAGGCUGAGUAAACCGGGCCGAGACCAGGAGUCCCCGAGCGCCCACGCUGACGAGCUGUCUCAUUCACACACCACACGGAACGGGAAGAAGCCGAGCAUCCAGAAGCUGCAGGGUCGAAGGUCAUCCACUUGUCAUGACACCAGAGGAACAGAUGAAUCAGCAUUCACUCUGCGAGAAGACGCCACAUGUUCGCGUGGGCACUGUUGCCCUGGCGAUACAGCAGGCAGUCAAUCAGAUGCCAGCGAAAAAGACUCGUCCCCUCAGGACAGCAGCAACGAUGCGGACAGCGAGGCGUCUGAGUCUGAGUCCUCGCUGCAAGUCUCCAGUUCCUCUAAUAAAGGCUUAUCUUCGUCGUCCUGUUUGAAACCCACCCUGUCUGCACCAAGCCCCGCCCCUAUUGUCCGGGAGCAGACAGGAAGUGCAGUUGAACAGCUAGUGAGCGCGGUGUCUAAAUUAGGGUUAGUGCACACACCACUAGAUGGUUUUCCACUCAAGGAAAAAGAGGCGAGAGACAGGGAGAGAGAACAGCAGGGGGCCUUCCAAGCGCUGUCACACAGCUACACCCCUGCGUCAAAAGAGUGUUCAGUGCAGUCCUGCCUCCAUCAGUUCACCUCCAUCGAGCUGCUGAUGGGAAACAACAAGCUGCUGUGUGAGAACUGUACAGAGAGACGCCACAGACAGCACAAGAGGAGCGCAGAUAAGAAAAUGGAGAAGGUGUACACGAGCGCCCGCAAACAGAUGCUGAUCUCAGAGCUGCCACCAGUCGUCACACUGCACCUUAAACGCUUCCACCAGGCUGGGAUGAACUUCCGGAAGGUGAAUCGGCAUGUUGAUUUCCCGCUUGUUCUGGAUUUAGCUCCAUUCUGCUCCGCCUCCUGCAAGAAUCUGGGUUCUGGAGAGCGGGUCCUCUACAGUCUGUAUGGUAUUGUGGAACACAGUGGCUCGAUGCGCGGAGGCCAUUACACAGCGUAUGUCAAAGUCCGAACGCCACAGCGCAAGUGUGAACAACACAGGAGUCAAUCUGGUUGUAGAGAGGCUGUGUCAGCUCCUCCUGGUCAGUGGGUGUAUGUGAGUGACACCAGCGUCCAGACGGUUUCUGAAUCUCGAGUACUGAACUCUCAGGCAUACCUGCUGUUCUAUGAGGAGAUCCUCUAGAGGGUGCCAUUACUUAUGGGACUCUUGAGUUCAGACGUCACUAAUGUUCUCUUACGGAUGCAAACAGAUCAGUCAGCUAUAACACACACACACACACACACACACACACAUAUAUAUAUAUAUGUAUGUAAUGUUCUGCAGUUUGAGAAAAACCUGGUAUGAAUGACACUUAUUAUUAUUAUAUAAAUAGCCAUUAUUAGUAUUAUUAUUGUUCUUAUUAUUUAUUAUUGUUCAUUAAUUCCUAUGCUUAGAGGUUGAUAGCGGGUCAUUACUGAGAUGCUAUUAUGAGUAGAAAAUAUUCUUAAGUGUAGAAUUAUUUUAUUUUACAGAUAUUGUUUGUCUGUCAUCAAUUUGCUUGAAGAUUUGAAUAAAUCGUUCAUAUCUUGGUUAAUAAAUACCAAAGACAAUAAAACACAUCAGAGGACAGAACCGAGGUUCUGCGCAGCUCUUUACUGUUACAGAGAACCUCAGAAUGAAAAUCAGCGAUAUGAUACGGCACCAUAUUUAGCACGCACAAUAUGAUUAUCAUCAGAAUACUAAAGCUUGAUCCAAUCUGAUAAACCUGAGUAACACCUACAGUUCUUUUAUUUCACACUCCAGAGGAAAUAAAAAUUUCAUCUUGUGUGCA